AUGGCCAUGAGCGUAGGUCAUGAUGAUGGUGUUCAUGCUGGUUUCAUGUGGGAGAAUCAAUCAUGGAGUGAUCUCUUAAAUUUUGAAAACAUAGGUGAGUCUGGCAAACAAAAAUUAGGUAUGAAAUCAUUGAACCAUAAAGAAGGACUUAAUGAAGGAGAAGUUCAUGUGAAUAAAACACAAAGUCGAGAUGGGGUUAUGAUUAGAAGUGAGAAUGAUAUAAACGGUGGAGGUAAAGAUGAAAUAUAUCGUGAUUUAGAUCAUGAAAUGCAUCUCUUGGCUGAGAGAGAAAGGAGAAAGAAAAUGAGGAACAUGUUCUCUAGCCUUCAUGCUUUGCUUCCUGAACUACCUUCAAAGGCUAAUAAUUCAACAAUUGUGGAUGCAGCAGUGAAGCAAAUAAAAAAUCUAAAGCAAAUUGUUGAAAAGUUAGAAAAUAAGAAGCAAGAAAAGCUUAAAUAUAUAUCCCUAUUUAAAAGUGAUAAUGGAUCCUCAAGUUAUGAAAAUGACAUUCCUACUAACGCAGUUGCAACUUCAUAUCAUAAUUCAAAAGCAUUAGCACAAUCUGCACCUCCACCACAACAAAUAGCUUUACAAACAUGGUCUUAUCAAAAUGUUGUCUUAAACAUUUGUGGUGGUGAAGCACAAUUCUCCAUAUGUGCUACUAAAAUUAAAGGUCUUUUGUCAAAGAUUACUUUUGUGUUGGAAAAAUAUAGGAUUGAUGUUGUAGCUGCCAACAUUACAUGCAAUGGAAAUGGAAACUUCUACAUGAUUCUAGCUCAGGCUAGACAAUGUUUAAAUGAUUCAAAUUCAGUGGAGGAAACUUACAAGCAAGCAGCUAUAGAAAUUAUGAUGUUGAUCUCUUAA